UUGAAAAAUAUUUUCCUUCGUUUAACUUUCAUUUUGUGAGCAUACUUUUGAUCUCAUAUUUCAGUUAAUCUUCACUAUUCGAAUUGCUUUGACCGUUUCUACUUACCAAUCGGCUACAGUGAAAUCAUUUGAAUUUUAACGCAUUUUUUCCACGUUUAUAAUUGCCAAUAUAUAUUCGUUGCUCGAGACGUGACAUUAUUAUUUUCAAAAUUAUUUCCACCAGCCAUCAAGUCACUUUGAAUUCAUAUGAUCGAAUUUUAACAACAUCUAUAACAGUAAAUCGUUCAACUUACUCACAAGCUUCAAUCAAACGGAAAAUGUUUCCACGAAAAUUGGAUAGUUCGAAGACGCAUUCUGAUGAUGGGGAUUUCGUGUCAGAGUAUCAAAUCACAGACAGUGGCUAUGGCAAAGAUAAUGUGAAAUUGUUUCACGUUGAACGUAAUGGGAGCGUGCAUAAUAUCAAGGAGUUUGAAGUUAACACCCAUUUGAAGUUGUACAGCAAAAAGGAUUAUUUAAAUGGCGACAAUUCUGACAUUGUGGCCACGGAUUCACAGAAGAACACUGUCUACCUCUUAGCUAAAAAGUUCGGCGUUAAAAGUCCCGAGGAAUUUGCUAUUCGAUUGGUAAAUCACUUCCUAACCACAUAUCGUCAUAUCGAAGCUGCUCACGUUUACAUCGAAGAAUAUCCGUGGCGACGUCUUAACUAUUCGAAGGAUUUGCAUGGACGCGAGCAUAAUCAUGCGUUUAUCUUUACUCCAGUCGCGAUCAGAUACUGUGAUGUACAGCAAAAACGAAAUGAUAAACAUCCGACUAUAAUAAGUGGUCUGAAGGGAAUGAGGGUGCUCAAGACCACUCAGUCAUCGUUUGUGAAUUUCAUCAACGAUGAAUACAGAUCACUUCCUGAUAUGGAGGACAGAGUGUUUAGUACCAUCAUAUCAGCAUCAUGGCAAUAUUCGAUCGUGGAAAAAGUUAACUUUGACUUUUUGUGGCAUCACGUCAAAGAAUUGAUUCUUCAAAAUUUCGCUGGUGACGUUGACGUUGGUGUUCCAUCACCUAGUGUUCAAAAUACCAUCUAUUUAGCGCAACGAGAUGUUCUUAAAUCGAUCAAAGAAAUCUCGAGCAUAAGUAUUCAAAUGCCGAACAAACAUUAUUUCCAAUUUGAUACAUCGAAACAUCCAAAGGUUGUGCAGGGUGAAAAUAAGGAAGUGUUCUAUCCGGUUGAUAAACCAAGCGGAAUUAUCUAUUCCCAACUCAGCAGAAAGAAUGUUUCGAGUAAAUUGUAACGAAAAUUGUUUAUCCCAAAUCGGUCGUGUUAAGCUUAAAGGUAUGAAACUUAAU